AUGUGUGGUAUGCAAGGAGAUGGAGAAAACAACCGACAGCAGCCUUCCCUUCCAGGCCCAGAGCUAUAGCUCGUGGAAUGUGGCUAAGCAAGUUGGAAGCCGUUGCGACCAUUGAUAUCGUUUGCUUGUAUCGUUUUUCUUUACCUGUGCAUCAGUGUAUGUGUGUUUGUGUGUAACAGGAGCUGUGUCUGUGUGUGCGUAUGCAUGUGCCGAUCAGGUUUGUUGCACAGUGGGCCGCAUUCGGGCAACGCAACUUCCUUGCCAUGGUGUGGCACCCAAUCAGGUUACAGCUUGGUCUUUGUCCACUGUGGCAGCGAUUGGCAUCCACACUGGCAUUGGUAUUUUUGUGGUGUCUGCCGUUGGCUCGUACCCUCUCUCACCUGCACAUUCACGUCUGUGUGCCGUGCCGCCCGUUCACUUGUUAACUGGUUGUGCGAAUAGGUGGCAUCGGAUCGGUCCCCGGCGGCUAGAAUCAGCGGCUGAUGCGACGCGGACUACGCGCCCCGACCGAUAGUCGUAGUUGUCAUUCGGUCGUUGGUUGUUGAUGUUUUUCAAAAUAUACCAUAUCCAUGCAUUUACAACAUAUAAAAUAAUCAUCAUCCACAUCGUUCAUUUGACGCCUCAUCAACUCAACUGAACGGCCGCGGCGGCGUAGUUUCGUUUUGUUUGGUUAAUCUUCGUAUUAGCAUUGGAGUUGGAGACGUCUUCAUGCGGCAGCCUAAAAAUUGAUUUAACCCACAUUCAUUACCAAUUAGCGGAAUGUUUCGGUUGUUUUUUUUUUUGUGAUUUGAGAAUGGCCGCCAUGUAAAUGUCACAGGCCAGGCCAAGAGGCGGAAAGGAAAUUAAGAAACACCAAAAACAGAAUACAGCGAGAUAGAAAUCGUUGCAUCUUUGGUUUAUAUAGUGAAUCAUCCAAUCCAUCAUAUCUAUCAGUCCAUCCAUCCAUCCGUAUAAUCCACCUGCUCGUUUCGCUCAGGAUGUCUAGCGCAGCAGAGUCGGAUGCAAUCGUGGCGCCAUCUAGCGAGCGUUGAACCGCACUUGAAGCCAAUUUACAGGAAAUGCUGAAACACGCCUCCAAUGCGAGCAGUGCCCCUGCCUCCGCCUCCGCCACCGCUAUCGCUACCGCCACACUCCCCGCCUCUAUCAGCGCCCCACUGCCCGUGCCAGCGGUUGCAGUCGCUUUGCCGCUCAAUGGACAGCUGCUGCGCACCGCUUCAGUCUGUGCCAACAGUAGCACCAGCAGCAGUAGCAACAACAACAACGGGAAUGGGAAUGGAAACGGAAGUAGUGGAAGCGGCAACAACACACCCUCCGUUCCAGUAGGGGUAGCAGCAACAGCAGCGGCAGGAGGAACGGCAACAACCACCACCACAAAUGGCUCUGGGUCAGCGACAGCGGCUGCGGCAGUCGGGGCAGGUUCUCCAACACCCGCAGCAGCUGCCUUGGCGUUGGCCAGCACGGCACGCAACAUUCACCUGCGACCGCCCCAGCCACAACCCCUGAACAUAACCGCUCUGAACGCGUCCACCUGCAGCACACUCCUCAAUGGCGGUUGCCGCGUGGCAAAUGGAGCAUCCUCCAAUCUUCUUAACAUUGCAAUGCCAACUACGCCAACGCCACUGAAACCGCUGACACCGUUGACGCCGCUCACUCCCAAUGGACACUGCAACAGCAAUGGGAGCCUGCACCAUCACACCUACACGAACCAGCACAUGCUGGCAAGCAGCCACCAGCAGCAGCAACAGCAGCAGCAACAGACACUGCCCUUGCCGGCACAGCCGAAAUUGUCGCACUCCCUGAUGCAGCCACAAUCGCCGAUGUCGCAGUCGCAGCCGCAACAUCUCAGCCAACUGCAGCAGCACAAUUACAGCAACUGCAACAAUCUGACGGGGAAUCAUCCCCAGAUGCUCCAGAAACUGUCCAAGCCAGGACCAUCGCCUCGCGAAGCCCUCACCAGCCUGGGUCUGCUCUGCCUGAGUUCCCUGCUGCUGGCGUUGCUCUCGCUGAUCUUUCUGCUAAAGAUCUCGCCGAAUGGGCGCGACGAUGCCCUGUCCAGGGGCGUGAGCAGCGAGGAUUUCAUUAUUGUUUACGACGUGACACUGGCCCUGUGCGCUCUCUCACUCUCGCUGAAUCUCUGCUGCCUGCUCGUGUGCGCCAUCCAGUUCCUGUUUGCCGUCAAGCUGCGUUCGCCCGCCUUCGAGGGGCGCGACAACAAGUAUCUGGAGAAGUCGAGUGCCAGUCGCACGUGCGCUGUGAGCGGAUUCUUCAUCUCCAUACCGGUAUUCCUCACCGGCAUCAUCCUGUACACCUUCAAUCACUUUCACUCGACGCCCGCCAUCAUCACCAGCAUACUCAUUGGCGUGGGCAUCGUUUUUUGUGGCGGCGCCAUGGUCCACAAUGUGUUUGUGUGGCAGAAGGAGAAGACCAUUAGCUAUCGGAGCGCCCCGCUGCACGGUACUCUUGUGGGAUCCCUGCCACACAACAUGUCGCUGCUUUCAGCCGCCCAGUUGCCACUGCCCCUGCCCCUGCCACAUACCUUGUCACCAGUGCAGUUCCAUGCUGGCUCCCCGCCGCCACUGGUCCAGCCACAAAUGCAGGCCCUGUACCAGGGCCAACAUGCCUGCAUGCUGCAGCCCACCUCGGUGACGCCUGUCUCACCGAAUCACUCGCACGGCAGCUUCAAUCCCCUCCUCUGCAACAACAUCAUGGGCGGCGGAGGUACAAGUGGAGGCGGAGCCAUCAAUUCCUCAUUUCUUGUCCGACCGUCUACGGCAACGCCACCCACGCCAAAGCCCCUCGGCGGGGGAGCCGGAAGCUGUCUGGUGGGUCGCGAGGCCAGCGGGUCAGUCAGUCCGGGCAUCCCGCCCACGCUCGACAUGAGCAACAUCACAAUAUCGCUGCACGAGCUAUCCACGCUCGUCUAGACGGUCACAGCACACCCAAUCCACUCAAUCCACUGAUAUUAAUCACUGAUUUUAGACAUUAGCUAGCAGAUAAAAUCAUAGCCGUAGACGACCACGACCACCGUACAACGUUGGACACCCUUCUUGCCGAAAAAGAACAAUUGCUGUAUAUAUUUGUAAAUAUCUAUAUCUAUAUAGCCUUAAGUAUCGACAUAGAAGUAAAUUAGUUUUAGUUUUAAAUUCAAAUUUAACCCGCACAUUCUUUGGCUUAGUUCCUUUCUUGGGAGCAAGUGGGCGCCACACAGUAAAUUCAAGAUUUUGUAAA